AUGAGCUCCAACUCAGCGGCAGAGAUGUACCAUAUCCUAGUGGCGCACGUGCUCAACGACAGCAUUGACGUUAGUUCGCUCACCGAACACCAUGUGGUUGAGCUUGAACUUGGCCAAUUUUUGGACAAAAUCAACCACCUAGCCAGAGAAUACAGAAAAACCUUCCAGUACCCUAAUGACAACGCGGACGUAGAUAGCGAUUUCGUCAAGAAGUUGGUACAAUUCAGCGAAUUUAGCCGAUUUGUCUCGUUUGACGAUGAGAAACUUAAGGUGGAGUUGACUCCCCUGAAGUUUCAGGCUCUACUUACUGGAAUCUUGGUGGAUUCCUCCAUUCGCUACAGCAAGAUGUUAGCGAGAGAGGUGAAUGACCUCACAGAGAAGUAUCACGAACUCAAACCACCUGUGCUGGCUAUUGAUGUUUCACCGGUUGGAACAGCAUCUAUUAGCAACGAGAAGCCACUAAGGAAGGAAAUCGAGUCAUCUGCGAAGGUUUCCCUCGACUCUGCAGAAAUUAUGGAUAUAAUCCACGAACCAAUAGCAAAGAACGAGGAGGAGGAGCAGAAGAAGCUAGGGGCCACACAAGAGGCGGAGAAUACUGGAUUAUCCGAAAAAGAUGAUGAACAUCAAAAUGAAGAAGUUGACUCUGAAGAAGCGCAAGAGGCAGCAACAACGGAGGCUCAGGAUGAUGCCAAAGAUGAAGUGACUGGAAAUUACCUGGAAUCUGAUGGUAAGAAGAAUGCAGUUGAGGUAAUAGAUAAGGAGGUGCUGAAAGAAGAAAGGGGUGAAGAUGAAGAACAAGAUGAAGAGGAUGAGAAGGGUUUAGGAGACGAAAAGAGUGUACAAGAUGAGAAGAAUGUCCAAGAUGUAGAGAUGGAGGACGCUGAGGAAUUGGAAGCUGAAAGCAAUAAGACAAGAAUGUCUGUAUCAGAAGAAGCAAGCCCGGCAAUUGAGGAUGUGCAGCUGGAUGUUAAGAAAGACGAUGCUGAGGCAGCGGAGUCUGUAAACAUCCGGGAGAAAGAAACUACGGUUCUUGAGGGAGAACAGGGUUCUGAAGUCGAAGACGAAACCAAUGAGGACGUAGAGCCUCACGAAAACGAACUACCAGAAGUGGAACAACGACCCAAUGAGGUUACACCAGCAAAAGAAGACAAUGAAACCAAGGUAGAUAAAACCAAGGCGAAUACAGCCAAGGCAGACAGUAUGAAGUUGGAAGAUUCAACAAAAUCAGCACCAUCUGAAUUCCUCAAUGAUAGGCCUUCCAAACGGUCACUCUCACCACUGGUGACAUCUCAGAAACACAAAAGAUUUCAGAAUAUCGCCAUUAAUUUGGUCAAGACAAUCGAGGAACAUCGCUUUCUGUCUCCGUUCUUGCUUCCUGUGGUAGCCGACCAAUACGAGGAGGUUGUUUACGAUCCAAAGGACUUGAAGAGCAUACUCAAAGCUAUUAAACAAAAGGAUGAACCUGCUGCUUAUGAAACUGUCAAGGAAUUGGAAAGAGACAUAAUGUUAAUGUUUGCCAAUUGUGUGAUGUAUAACAAGUCUAACGCUCAUUUGGUAGAUAUGGCUAAGCAGAUGAGAGAUGAUGUCCGAAAUACUUUCAAGAUGUUUGAGGAUGCGGAAUCGGAGAUUGCAUGA